AUGACCACACAUUGCAAUACAAACACGACAUCCCAUACCUCUAAAGGUGGUACUAAAGAUCAAAUCAGUACUGAUAUCACUAUCCCUACGCCUGACAACUCCAUAACUACAUCCCAACCCUCCAGAAGUUCUGCCGGGUCUUCAGCAUCCCGUGAGGAACAGUACUUCAGAUGUGAUUUAUGCAAUUUUAACACAAAAUACAGACAUUCAUUCAGAAGACAUGUGACCACUCAUACCAAUACCACUGAUGGCCAGUCCUUCACUUGUAAUGUCUGUAAUAAACGACUCAAAACUCAAGAAAAGCUACACAACCAUAAGAUAUCCAUGCACUCAGAGUUGAUAUUUAAAUAUAAGUGUAAUAUCUGUGACUAUGGCUCACAGUAUAUGAAGAACUAUAAGUUCCAUAUGUAUGGACACCAUUCAGUGGUCAGGUGUCACAACUCUGGUGAUGACAACUCAGUCACUCCAUCCAAAGUCACACAUAUCGGUCAUCAUAUAAGUCGUCCCAAUGACACAAUGGUUACCCCUUCUGACACCACCAACACAUCCCUUACCACUACAAGCCACUCGACCACUACUGCCACAGGGGAACAGUACUUCAGAUGCACUCAAAGACGUCGUGAAAAUGAGUCGAAAACUCAUGAGACAAAUGAAGUAAUAUUUAGGAAGUUAUUCACAGAAUCGACACAAACCACAGUUUGCGGAAAUUGGUGGAAAUUAUCACUCAAUAAGAUGUCAGACAGUAAUCACGAGGACUUCCGAUGCAUUGAAUGCCGACAACUGUUUGACACCCAACAAGAUCUGCAAAUUCACGUGAAUUCUGUUCACAAAAAACUUCAGUCUAAUGGAGACUCCAUUGCUUUGACGGCAAUUCAAUACUCAUGUGAUUCAUGUGAUUAUAAGGCAAACACCAGACAAUCGUUAGCCAGACAUAUGACCACCCAUUCCUCUAAUAGCCAUUCCUUUAAGUCCAAAACUAGUGGAGUUUAUAAACACUCAAAAAUUAAGAGCAAUUCACAGAUGAAUAAAAAGUCGAUAAUAUAUAACUGCAAAGUCUGUCUCUACAGCUCAACAGAGCACCGGGAGCUCGUCAAACAUGUGUCCACACAACACACUAUCGUAGAUAGCUAUACACCUGUGGUCAGCCCUUACAGCACAGACACAUCAGUGGAAAGCUCUAUUUUAGGCAGACAUCCAAAGUCAUCCACCCGGACCUUAUCGACCACUUCCAGUAUCAAUAGUCAAACAACUAGUGAUCACAUGGACAGCAGCUCCAGUAGUCAAACAGCUAGUGAUCACACGGAAAGCAGCACCAGUAGUCAAAUCAUUAGAGACCACAUCGACAGCACAAUUAGUCACAUAAUUAAUGAAUACAUGGACAGCAGCACCAGUAGUCAGACCAGUCAUCACAUGGACAUCAGCAGUGAAUAUAACUACAGCACAGGCCGUAAGCGCUUGAUAGCCGAGUCCUUGCGUUCGGACACAUCCGCGACAGACAGCGAAGGAUCUGAUAUUAAACCGUAUGACUUGGUUUGGGCCAAAUGUCAGGGCCAUCCCUGGUUCCCGGCGCUGGUGGUCGACCCCAAUCGCACGGACACUCUCUAUGGAGAGCCCAUUCCUCCCAAACAUGUGGUGGACAUGAAAACGAAUGAUCGGAACCGCUAUUUAGUCAACUAUUUCGAUGAGAAGCGCUUGUGGCAAUGGUUACCGCGAAAUAGUCUGCAAGUGAUGGGUAUCGACACAAACGGCAAAAAGUUGACCGAAAGGCGCAAACCGAGUGAUAGGAAAGCCGUCGAAAAGGCGUUCACCGGAGCCCUUGAAUUCAGUGCUCAGAUGUCAGCCAUAGAGUCGGGCAUUGAAUGA